CCAAUGUUCGCUCUCCAGCACAGCUGCUCCGGGUCUACUAGGGAGGGCCAGUCAGAACUUGCAGCCAAUGGGCAUUAAGCACUCGCUAGCCUGAUCUGCCUCAAAGGCUGUCACCACCCGGGUGUGGAGUGGAGACAGAGGGGCUCUCUUCUUGCAGUGGUUGUCCCUUUGCAGAAAGGAGGCUCCGCGCUUGAAGAAGACUCAAUGAGUUACCCAGAAGAAGACAGAGAACCAAUCCAGAGUGACCAAGGGCCAGAUGAGGGACAGGCCCCAGAAGUCUUGCAAGCUGAGGAACAGGCAGCAGCAGAGACAUGUGAAAAAGAUGAAUCAAUGAGUACCCCAGAAGAGGAUAGAGAACCAAUCCAGAGUGACCAAGGGCCAGAGGAGGGACAAGCCCCAGAAGCCUUGCAAGGUGAGGAACAAGAGGCAGCAGCAGAGACAUGUGAAAAAGAUGGCUCAAUGAAGAAAACAGAAGAAGAAAGAGAACCAAUCCAGAGUGACCAAGGGCCAGAUGAUGGACAGGCCCCAGAAGCCUUGCAAGCUGAGGAACAAGAGGCAGUAGCAGAGACAUGUGAAAAAGAUGACUCACUGAGUAAAACAGAAGAAGACAGAGAACCAAUCCAGAGUGACCAGGGGCAAGAUGAGGGACGGGCCCCAGAAGCCUUGCAAGCUCAAGAACAAAAGUCAGCAGAGACAUGUGAAAAAGAUGGCUCAAUGAAGAAAACAGAAGAAGACAGAGAACCAAUCCAGAGUGACCAAGGGCCAGAUGAGGGACAGGCCCCAGAAGCCUUGCAAUGUGAGGAACAAGAGGCAGCAGCAGAGACAUGUGAAAAAGAUGGCUCAAUGAAGAAAACAGAAGACAGAGACCCAACCCAGAGUGGCCAAGGGCCAGAUGAGGGACAGGCCCCAGAAGCCUUGCAAGCUGAGGAACAAGAGGCAGCAGCAGAGACAUGUGAAAAAGAUGACUCAAUGAGUACCCCAGAAGAAGACAGAGAACCAAUCCAGAGUGACCAAGGGCCAGAUGAGGCUCAAGCCCCAGAACCCAUGCAAGCUGAGGAACAAGAGGCAGCAGCAGAGACAUGUGAAAAAGAUGACUCAAUGAAUACCCCAGAAGAAGACACAGAACCAAUCCAGAGUGACCAAGGGCCAAAUGAGGGACAGGCCCCAGAAGCCUUGCAAGGUGAGGAACAAGAGGCAGCAGCCGAGACAUGUGAAAAAGAUGAAUCAAUGAGUAAAACAGAAGAAGACAGAGAACCAAUCCAGAGUGACAAAGAGCCAGAGGAGGGACAGGCCCCAGAAGCCUUGCAAGCUGAGGAACAAGAGGCAGCAGCAGAGACAUGUGAAACAGAUGGCUCAAUGAAGAAAACAGAAGACAGAGACCCAACCCAGAGUGGCCAAGGGCCAGAUGAGGGACAGGCCCCAGAAGCCUUGCAAGCUCAGGAACAAGAGGCAGCAACAGAUACAUGUGCAAAAGAUGACUCAAUGACUACCCCAGAAGAAGACAGCGAACCAAUCCAGAGUGACCAAGGGCCAGAUGAGGGACAAGUCACAGAAGCCUUGCAAGCUGAGGAACAAGAGGCAGCAGCAGAGACAUGUGAAAAAGAUGACUCAAUGAGUGAAACAGAAGAAGUCCAAGAACCAAUCCAGAGUGACCAAGGGCCAGAUGAGGGACAGGCCCCAGAAGCCUUGCAAGCUCAGGAACAAGAGGCAGCAGCAGAGACAUGUGAAAAAGAUGACUCAACAGAAGGCAGCGAACCAAUCCAGAGUGACAAAGGGCCAGAUGAGGGACAAGCCACAGAAGCCUUGCAAGCUCAGGAACAAGAGGCAGCAGCAGAGACAUGUGAAAAAGAUGACUCACUGAGUAAAACAGAAGACAGAGAACCAAUCCAGAGUGACCAAGGGCCAGAUGAGGGACAGGCCUCAGAAGCCUUGCAAGCUCAGGAACAAGAGGCAGCAGCAGAGACAUGUGAAAAAGAAGAAUCAAUGAGUGACCCAGAAGAAGACAGAGGAACAAUCCAGAGUGACCAAGGGCCAGAUGAGGGACAGGCCCCAGAAGCCAUGCAAGCUGAGGAACAAGAGGCAGCAGCAGAGACAUGUGAAAAAGAUGACUCAAUGAGUACCCCAGACGAAGACACAGAACCAAUCCAGAGUGACCAAGGGCCAAAUGAAGGACAGGCCCCAGAAACCUUGCAAGCUGAGGAACAAAAGGCAGCAGCAGAGACAUGUGAAAAAGAUGAAUCAUUGAGUAAAACAGAAGAAGACAGAGAACCAAUCCAGAGUGACCAAGGGCCACAUGAGGGACAGGCCCCAGAAGCCUUGCAAGCUGAGGAACAAGAGGCAGCAGCAGAGACAUGUGAAAAAGAUGGCUCAAUGAAGAAAACAGAAGACAGAGAACCAAUCCAGAGUGACCAAGGGCCAGAUGAGGGACACGCCCCAGGAGCCUUGCAAGCUGAGGAACAAGAGGUAGCAACAGAGACAUGUGAAAGAGACUCAAUGAGUAAAACAGAAGAAGACAGAGGAACAAUCCAGAGUGACCAAGGGCCAGAGGAGGGACAAGCUCCAGAAGCCAUGCAAGCUGAGGAACAGGAGGAAGCAGCAGAGACAUGUGAAAAAGAUGACUCAAUGAGUACCCCAGAAGCAGACACAGAAUCAAUCCAGAGUGACCAAGGGCCAAAUGAGGGACAGGCCCCAGGAGCCUUGCAAGCUGAGGAACAAGAGGCAGCAGCAGAGACAUGUGAAAAAGAUGACUCAAUGAAGAAAACAGAAGAAGACCGAGAACCAAUCCAGAGUGACCAAGGGCCAGAUGAGGAACAGGCCCCAGGAGCCUUGCAAGCUGAGGAACAAGAGGCAGCAACAGAGACAUGUAAAAAAGAUGACUCAAUGAGUACCCCAGAAGAAGACAGAGAACCAAUCCAGAGUGACCAAGGGCCAGAUGAGGGACAGGCCACAGGAGCCUUGCAAGCUGAGGAACAAGAGGCAGCAGCAGAGACAUAUGAAAAAGAUGACUCAAUGAGUAAACCAGAAGACGACACAGAACCAAUCCAGAGUGACCAAGGGCCAGAUGAGGGACAGGCCACAGAUGACUCAAUGAGUACCCAAGAAGAAGACACAGAAUCAAUCCAGAGUGACCAAGGGCCAGAUGAGGGACAGGCCCCAGAAGCCUUGCAAGAUGAGGAACAAGAGGAAGCAGCAGAGACAUGUGAAAAAGAUGACUCACUGAGUAAAACAGAAGAAGACAGGGAACCAAAUCAGAGUGACCAAGGGCCAGAUGAGGGACAGGCUCCAGAAGCCUUGCAAGGUGAAGAACAAGAGGCAGCAGCAGAGACAUGUGAAAAAGAUGACUCACUGAGUAAAACAGAAGAAGACAGGGAACCAAAUCAGAGUGACCAAGGGCCAGAUGAGGGGCAGGCCCCAGAAGCCUUGCAAUCUGAGGAACAAGAGGCAGCAGCAGAGACAUGUGAAAAAGGUGACUCCAUGAGUAACACAGAAGACGACCAAGAACUAAUCCAGAGUGACAAAGGGCCAGAUGAGGGACAGGCCCCAGAAGCCUUGGAAGCUGAGGAACAAGAGGCAACAGGAGACACAUGUGAAACAGAUGAAUCAAUAAGUACCCCAGAAGAAGAUAGAGAAUCAAUCCAGAGUGACCAAGGGCCAGAGGAGGGACAGGCUCCAGGAGCCUUGCAAGCUGAGGAACAAGAGGCAGCAGCAGAGACAUGUGAAAAAGAUGAAUCAAAGAGUAAAACAGAAGAAAACCGAAAACCAAUCCAGAGUGACCAAGGGCCAGAUGAGGGACACGCCCCAGGUGACCUGCAAGUCUAUAAGGCACACAUUACAAAGAAACUCAACAAGAGUGUGAAAGUCCGUUCUGAUGACCCUGAGAUGCGAGUGUUGUCUGAGGCUUUUAAGCCUUACCAGAAAACCAUCCAGCCUCAUACUGUUGUCUUACAUGGAAAGCCAGGAGUUGGAAAGUCGGCUUUGGCCAGAAGUAUCAUCCUGGGCUGGGCACAGGAUAAACUCUGCCAAGACAUCUCCUAUGCCUUCCUCUUCUCUCCAAAAGACAUAAAAUGGACAGAGAAGAGUAGUUUGGUACAGUUGAUAUCCAGGGAGUGGCCAGGCUCCCAGGCUCCAGUGACAGAGAUCAUGUCCAAACCUGAAAGGCUCUUGUUUGUCAUGGAUGAUUUUGACAGUCUGGAAUCUGCCCUCCUACAGGAGGACAUGAGGCUCUGUGAAAACUGGGAGGAUGAACGGCCCAUAUCCAUCGUGCUGUACAGCCUCCUGAAGAAGGCCCUCCUACCCAAGUCCUUUCUCCUGAUCACCACCACAGACUCAGGCUUAGAAAAGCUCAAGUCCAUGCUGGUGUCCCCGCUCUACAUACUGGUUGAAGGGCUGUAUGCGACAAGGAGGAAGCAGGUAGUCCUCAAGAACAUCUGUGAUGACCAUCAAAGAAACCAAGUCAUCAGUUCCGUGACAGGUAAUCACUGGCUCGCUGAGCAGUGUCAGGUCCCCUCCGUGUGCUCACUGGUCUGUGAGGCCUUGAAGAUACAGGAGGAGCUGGGAAAGAGACGCACUCCAGGCUGCCAGACUCUCACCAGUCUGUACGCCACCAUGGUGUUCCACCAGCUCACCCCGAGAAAGCCUUCCCGGAGCUGCCUCAAUCAGGAAGAGCAAGGCACCCUGAUGGGUUUGUGCAGGAUGGCGGCAGAGGGAGUGUGGAGCAAGAAAUCAGUGUUCUACGAUGACGACCUGCAGACCUACGGCCUGAAGGAGUCGAAGAUCUCAGCCCUCUUUCGCAUGAACAUCCUCCAGGUUGACCGCAGCGCCAAACGGUGCUAUGUUUUCUUUCACGUCAGCCUGCAGGAUUUCUGCGCUGCCUUGCAUUAUGUUUUGGAAGGGCUGGGGAAAAGCAACCAGUACUUUUCCUUCAGUAAAACUCUGAAGAGCAUGACAGAGCUGAAGCGAACCCACUUCAACACUCACCUCGAUGGGAUGAAGCGUUUCUUAUUUGGCCUCAUGAACAAGGACACAAUGAGGACCCUGGAGGUUCUGCUUGGAUGUUCCCUGUCCCCUGAUGUAAAGAAGGUGCUCCAACAUUGGGUCUCUGUGCUAGGUCAGCAGGCCAAUGCCACCAGCCUGACGGAUGUCCUGGAUGCCUUCCACUAUCUCUUUGAGUCUCAGGAUGAAGAAUUUGUUUGCUCAUCCCUGACAAGCUUCCAAGGAGUGGGGAUUGUGGUUAACCAGAGGAUGGACUUAGCAGUAUCUUCCUAUUGUCUCCAGUGUUGUCAGAGCUUGGAGACGCUCCAGGUGGAUGUCAGAGGCGUCCUCUCGACGGAAAUGAAUAUUGAGCUGAGCCCUGUUAUUCAACAGCAGACACAUGGUAAGCCCCACAUCACAGAGUGCUGGAAGGAUUUCUGCUCUGUCCUGGGCACCCACCCCAAACUGAAGCAUCUGGACGUGGGCAGCAGCAUCCUGAACGAAUGGGCCAUGAAGAUACUGUGUGUGAAAUUGAGGAAUCCAGCCUGUAAAGUACAAAGUGUGACGUUUAAGAAUGCAGAGAUAGCGUCUGGUCUCCGGUAUCUCUGGAUGACCCUCGUUAGUAAUCAGAACUUAAGACACCUCCAUCUGGGGAACACUCUCAUGGAGGAAGAUGACAUCAAGUUAGCCUGUGAAGCGCUGAGACACCCAAAAUGCUCCCUGGAAACUCUGAGAUUAGAUUCCUGCGCGCUGACCCCAGAUUGUUACGUGAUGCUCUCCAAACUCCUUCUCUCAACCACCAGCCUAAAAUGUCUCAGCCUGGCAGGAAACAAGGUGACGGAAGAAAGCAUGAGGUGGCUCUCUGAUGCCUUGAGUAGCUCCAGGUGUGGUCUGCAAAAGCUGAUACUGGACAGCUGUGACCUCACACCUGUCAGCUGCCACGUUCUGGCCUCAGCCCUUUUCAGUAACCGGACCUUGACGCACCUGUGCCUGUCAAACAACAGCCUGAGGACUGAAGAAGUGAGACGUCUGUGUCAGUUCAUGAGACUCCCAGAAUGUGCUCUGCAGCGACUGAUACUGAACCAGUGCAACCUCACAAGAGACACCUACGGCUUCCUGGCGCUGAUACUUUCCUACAAUGGAAAGCUGACACACCUGGGCCUGACCAUGAACCCUGUGGAGGACGACGGGAUGAAGCUUCUGUGUGAUGCUAUAAAGGAGCCCACUUGUCACCUCCAAGAGCUGGAACUGGUGGGCUGCCAGCUCACGGGGGACUGCUGUGCAGAUCUGGCCUCAGUGAUCGCAACAAAACAACACUUGAAGAGCUUGGAUCUAGGUAGCAACGACCUGGGUGACAGAGGAGUCAUAGCUCUGUGCAAGGGACUGAAGGAAAGUGGAACCUCCCUGGAGAGGCUUGGGUUGGAGGCAUGCGGGUUGACUUCUGACUGCUGCGAGGAGCUGUCAUUGGCCCUCUCUUGCAACUCGCGCCUCGCCAGCCUAAACCUGUUAAGGAACAAUUUCAGUACGUCGGGCAUGUUGAAGCUGUGUUCUGCAUUCCUGCAUCCUUCCUCUAAUCUGUGGAAAAUUGGCCUGUGGAAGCAGCAGUACUAUGCCGAGGUGAGAAGGCAGCUGGAGAAAGUACAGCUCGCCAAGUCCCACGUGCUGAUUGAUGACGACUGGUAUUCCUUCAACGAAGAUGACCGUAACUGGUGGAGAAACUGAAGAUGUGAGAUGUGAGUCCCCCUCCCUCCCCGUCGGGUCCUGGCACCUCUGUACCUGUGAAAACAUUUGUCCCACCUCCAAGGUUGUAUCGGGAAUGAAAUAAACACUCAGCACGUGGAAAAGCA